GUUUGUUUUUCUGGUGUAUCCUCAAAAUGGGUCAGGCGAUGGUUGAUGUGACCUCACACGUCUACACGACUUGCCCGACUCUGGCCGAGUCCAUAGAAAAGCUGCUGCGAAGUCGCACAGUAGACAUGUGGCAAUACAAUAGUCUGUCGUGCUGCUCGAAGGCUUCGGAGCAGCCUUUCGAGGAGGACCGACAAUGGAUUAUCGUAGCUGAGUGUAUCACAGCCCCGCAGAUUUGGGAUGUCAGGAUUCUGUAAGCAUCUUUCAGCAGAUCUCUUUCGUGGUGAGAAGCAGAGCUUGAUAAGUAUAUAUAAGCUCCCAUCUCGUCCAAGUGUAAGGAAACCCAGCAGAUACUUUGAUCCUUAUCUGCACAGCACCAAGGAAGCACUCCCUAUAGUCCUCCAUCAUGCCCAAAUACGUCUUCAUGGGAGCUACCGGCAAAAUCGGCACUGUCGCCGCAGACUAUGCUCUCGAAAUCGCUGGCCCGGACCAGAAACUUGUAUUCACAAGUCACAGCUUCCCUACCAAUCCGACCGACAAGAUGAAAGAAUGGACGAAGAAAGGUGCAGAGCUCAUAAAUGCAGACUACGACGAUGUGGCCAGCCUUCAGAAAGCCUUCGAAGGCGUUGAGGCUGUGACUUUCGUUUCAACCUGGAUGUUUGGCGAAGAGAGGAGACGUCAACACAAGACGGUGAUUGACACAGCGAAGGCUUGUGGGGUUAAGCGUAUUGGAUAUACAUCGUUUGCAGGAGCAGGACUGGAGAAGGACUUGCCAUACUUGUCGGAGGACCACAAAUACACCGAAGGGGUCAUCUUUGACUCUGGACUCGACUACAACAUCCAGCGAGACUACCUCUAUUCGGACAACAUUCCUCAACUCUUCGCUCCAUCCUGGACAUAUUGUGGCCAUAAAUGGUUGUUGAACAGCAAGGGCGUUCCAGCCGCUUACGUUGCUCGAGACGAUUGCGCUCGUGUCGCUGCUGCUCUGCUACUUGGAAAGGGCAAGCAUAAAUCGGUCUACGAGGUCACUGGCCCUGAGGCUAUUUCCGACUACAAGAUCUUUGAGUACAUCUGCAGGAAGACUGGAUACAAAGGUGAAAUUCAGGACAUGACUGAUGAGGAGCUGGCGAAAUGGUGGACAGACAAAGGACUUCCUCUGUCAGUCAAGGGGGAUUUCUCGAAGUUUCCGAUGAAGUUGUCUGUUCCUGAUCUAGUGUCGUGUGGCAAUGUAGUUGAACGAGGACUGAUGAAAGACGUCAGUGGUACGGUUGAGGAGCUGACAGGAAGGAAGCCUUUGACAGAAUGGGAGGUUGUUGACAGGUAUAGCGAUAUUCUCCCAAGGCCGUAGCCUGGGUUAUUGCUUCUGAUUACUAUCUUCGCUUCGCGGUCU